AGUAAGUUUCACUUUUGCUUUUCUACCUCAGGCCUGGGAGGUACAGCAAGCCUAACCGACUGACCUGAGACAGCAGGGGAUUCUGAUGGCAGAGGAGGAGUCAGGGGCAGCCUUGGAGCUCUGGGGACUGCUCCCUGAAAUACCAGAUGAGCUGCUUACUCUCUACUUUGAAAACCACCGUCGUUCUGGUGGAGGACCUCUAUUGAGCUGGCAGAGACUUGGCUGUGGGGGUAUCCUCGUCUUUCAAGAUCCCGCAGAUGCCAAGAGGGCCUUAGCCCAGACAGAGCACCGACUACAUGGUGUCCGACUGAGCCUGAGGCCAGCCCCACCACGUGCCCCUGAACGUGUGCUUCUCCAACACCUGCCACCCGGCACUUCACCUCUGAGCCUAGAGCAACAUGUUCAGGCCCUACUGUGUGCGGCAGGGCACCCCGUGCAGACUUGCUGUGUCCUGGCCAGUCCUCGGCAGGACUGUGCCCUGGUCCAGUUAUCCAUGCCUCUUUCUGAGGCAGACGUCUGUGCCCUGGUGGAACAGGCCCGAAAUCUGCCCCUAAAUGGAGCCACCGUGUCCUUGGCCUGGGUGCCUCAGACCCGAGCAGUACGUGUGGUGGACAGCCCUGCUUCUGUGGACCUGCUGUUGUUGGAGCUCUACCUGGAAAAUGAGCGUCGCAGUGGUGGGGGACCCUUGGAGGGUAUUCGCAGCCUGCCCGGAAAACUGGGCACUGUUAUCUCCUUUCGGCAAUGGCAGGUGGCUGAACGGGUGCUGAAGCAGAAACACUGGCUACAGGGCUCUGAGUUGUGCCUUGUCCCCCACUAUGAUGUCUUAGAGCCAGAGGGCCUUGCCGAGGGCAUCAGUGGGGGGGAUCAUUCAGCUACACAAGAAUCUGGAGUCAUUGAUGGUGCUCUUACAGAAGCUGGAGGGCUGGCCGCGUCUCUGACAGUGGCUGUAGGCUCUGGGGAGGCACCAGGACAAUUAGGAACCCUUCUAAGGGCAGGUCCGGUAGAAACUCCAGGACAAGCCAUGCCAGUUGACUCAGGAUCUGUGAGGUCUCCGGAGCAAGAAGAGCCUAUAAAUUCAGGAACUAUGGGAUCUCCAGAGCAGACUGGUUUCAUAAGACAGGGGAUUAUGGGGUCUGCAAGCUCAGGAGAUCCAGUAGAAAGCUUUACAGAGCUCCCAGAGCAAGCAGGACCCAUGACCACAGACUCAGUGGGCGUUCAGGAAUGUGAGGGCCUGGGGGAAGUGGCCAUUGGCUCACCGGGGCAGGAGGGGAUAAGGGGUCUAGUAGGGACAGCCAUGGAGUCUGUAGAGACAGGGCUGGAGAGCCCUGGGUCCGGGGAGAUGCAAAAGCAGGAGGACCUGGUAGAAAUGGUGUUGCCAGCGGAGCCAGGGGCCAUGAGCUUCCUGCAGCUCUAUUACGAGGACCUUCUUGUCAGCCUGGAAGACGUUGCCCUUUUCCCACUUGAAGGAUUAGAUGUGACUGGCUUUCGGCUUUGCGGAGCCAGGGCCCCCUGCCAGGCAGCCCAGGAGUUGCUGCAGAGUCUGCUGGGCAGCGUCAGCUGUCACAUGCUCAACAUGAAGCAUCCAGGCAGUGCCAGGUUCCUGCUAGGUGUGGAGGGGCAGCACCUUCUUCACAGACUGGAGGCUCAGUUCCAGUGCGUCUUCGGGACAGAACAUCUGGCCAGUGCUACCCUGGUCAUAGAUCCUGAAAGGACAGAUCCCACCGAGGCCCUCCAAGUCCUCCACGCCCACAGUACAGGCAUCAAUCAAGAGAGCAUGAGACUGGAGGAAGUCCAAGCGCUGCUGGCUACCCUGGAGGGCCUAGAGGACAGGGUGCCUCUGGAGAUGGAGGAAGAGAAAGCUGGAGAACCAGAAGAGACUGUUCUAGAGCGGGAGGAGGAAAUCCCCACACUUGAGGCUGAGGAGGAGCCUGUAGCCCUUAGCACUGGGGCACCUGGGCAGUUAGAGGAAGAAGCCACUGCACUGGCUAUCCGGUCCUUGGAGUCCCAAAGCCAGGUGGCUGAUCAGCAGGAGGCUAAUGCGCUAAGGCAAGCCAUGGCCCUCUCCUUGUUAGAAGCAGAAGAGCCCUUGGAUGAGGACACUAGGGGCAGGGCCCAGCUGGUGGUGCACACAUCCUUUGAGCAGGAUGUGGAUGAAUUGAACCGGGCGUUAUCAGAGGCCUUGGAGGCACACCUUCAGGAGGAGACAGUGAGUCUCCAAGGGUGUAUGCUGCCCUCAGAGCUUGCGGCUCGUCUGGAGAGGUGUUAUGAUGUGAGCGUUACCCUACGUGGCGACCAUGCCGGCCUCCGUGGCUUUGGAGUCCAGCCUGCCCGUGCGGCUCGCCACUUAUCUGCUCUGCUUGAUGGCCCCCAGGACCAGAAUUUGACCUUUCCUUUGGAGGCCUCAAAAAACAACUUGUCAGAGCAGGGGCUGAAAGAACCCUUGGGCAGGCUGGAGGCCUUGGAAGAGAAUUCCAAGGAGUUCCAAGAUGUGGUGCGGGCCUUUUAUGACACCCUGGAUGCUGCUCACAGCAAAAUCUGCAUUGUCCGAGUAGAACGUGUGUCACACCCACUGCUGCAACAGCAAUACCAGCUGCAUCGGGAGCGCUUGAUGCAACGCUGCCAGCAACACCCGGUGGAGCAGGUCCUCUAUCACGGCACCUCAGAGUCUGCAGUGCUUGACAUCUGUGCAUACGGCUUCAACCGCAGUUUCUGUGGCCGAAACGGUAAGGGUAAGGCCUGUGCAGGGCAGAGACGCUGGGCCAUGCUAAUCCGGAUCACCCUCACUUUGGUGACUCACCUGUCCUGUCUCCUAGGCACCCUCUACGGACAGGGCGUGUACUUCGCCAAGCGUGCCUCUCUGUCGGUACUGGAUCGCUACUCACCUCCCAAUGCAGAAGGCCACAAGGCAGUGUUUGUGGCACAGGUGCUGACCGGUGACUAUGGACAGGGCUCCCGCGGUCUGAGGGCGCCUCCUUUGAGGGCCUCCGGUCAGGUGCUUCGGUACGACAGCGCCGUGGACUGCCUUCACCAGCCCAAAAUCUUUGUUAUCUUUCACGACACCCAAGCUCUACCCACUCAUCUAAUCACCUGCAAGAACAUACUCUUGGGCACCCCCUGAUAACUCUCAUGGUCUCUUGGAUCUCUUUCCUGGACAUUCGACCUAAGAGGCCAGCUUCUGGUUCCCUGCUCUACAAAGUCCUUAAGCGUCAGAGCUGCCCACGGGCGUGCUCCUGCCAGGAUGACUGUGGACUGGGGAAGGCCAGACCUUAUCGGUUCCUUGGCCUGCUCGGCCGCCAGGGGUCAGCAGAACUCGGCAGGAGGGUGCACCACCCGGCACACCCGUCUUGGUUGGACCGCGCCCUAGCGGGGCUCUGUCUUUGAAUAAACCUGUAUUUGAAACCAGUUAGAUAGAA